AUGUUGACAAGUCCUUUUACAGUAAUUAUUGUCGGCGGUGGACCUGUCGGUUUACUUACGGCGCACGCCCUUCACCAAGCGGGCAUAGACUUUGUCGUUCUUGAGCAGCGAAGCGAUAUAUUUGAAGAUGCUGGUGCCAGUCUCAUCGGGUUCGAUGCACGGAAGCACAGGUUCAGCCGUUCCUACGCUCUAAGCAUCCUACAGGAAAAUCAUGGGAGUUCUCUGGUAGCAUUUCAUCGAGCCGAGCUGGUCAGAGCACUGUAUGACAACUUGCCCGAAGAUGUCAAGUCACGCUAUCUUUUGGGCAAGAAACUUACCAGUGCUGUCGCGACCUCAACGGGAAUAGACGUCGUUUGUGCCGAUGGGCAUUCCUACUCGGCGUCCAUCAUCAUUGGCGCUGACGGUGCUCAUUCCAAGACCCGUUCGAUUAUGCGCUCCUGUGCGCUCCAAAAUGACCCAUCACUUGCUUCCGUCUGGGACCCUGAAAACCCUUUCACAUCUACCUACAAGUGCCUGUGGGCCUCCUUCCGUCGGCCCUCGGAGCCUGGGGAUAGUUACGAAACUCAGGGCCAAGACCGCAGUCUGAUGUACCUGACAGGCCGUAACAAAGGCUGGAUAUUCUUAUACGAGAAGCUUGAUCAGCCGUCUAACGAAAGGUGCCUUUACGACAAAGGGGCUAUCCAGUCCUUUAAGGACACCUUCGCAGACUGGCCACUCACUGAAAAAUUGACGGUCAAAGAUGUACUCCAAGACCCCGAUGUCAUUGGAGGCAUGACUAAUCUGGAGGAGGGAGUUGUUGGCAAAGUCAGUUGGAACGGUCGCAUCGUACUUGUAGGGGACGCAUGGCACAAGUUUACCCCAAACUCAGGCCUGGGUUUCAACAAUGGUAUCCAGGACGUAGUAUCAUUGUGUAACAAACUACGAGCAUUGAUAUGCAUAGAGGAUAAGCCAGACGCGACAGCUCUGGAGACUAUCUUCGACGAGUAUCAGGUCGAGAGAUGUGAGCCGUUGAGGGGGGAUUACUUGCGUUCCGCUCAAGCGACGCGAUUGUCAACUUGGGCGACCAGAAUGGAUUACCUUCUAGGAAGGUAUAUCUAUUCGAUCCCCUAUAUCCAGCGAUAUCUCACUGCUAAUUAUACCUCUCCGAAAAUUAGCCAAGGGCUUAUCCUAGACUAUAUCUCAGCACCUGAGCCGUUUUUGGGCAAAGCUCCGUGGAAGUAUCCCAUGAACAGCAAUCCACAAAAGAUAGAAUAG